AUGAGUCUUGUUUGGUUGGCUUUCCAGGAUUUCCUGGGCCAGGCCGAACAGCUUGGCGCAUGGUCGAGCGUGACUCGGAAGAGCUUUGGUACCACGUCCGGAUGCGCGUUAGUGAAGGCAGUAGAUCGCGGUCUAAAAAAGUGUAUGCCAGCGGAUAUCGCUGUUCUGGCCCACCUGCUUUCGCAACGCAGUCCAGAUCACACGAUUGAAGAGGUACAGAUUGUGACCGCGCCCCAUAUGAAUGGGAGCGCAUCCGAUCGUAUGGAAAGGCUUGUCAGCUUGGUCAUCGGAUACGACCAAGCCGGAGAGUGCGUCCAGCUUCAUAAGGUCGCUAGCGGAGCUGUUUAUAGCAGCGCUCGCGAUAGCACCGACGCCGGCUCACUCACCGGCGUUCGGACAAUCUACGAAGAUACGAAUACUGCACCUUCAGCAGUUUCGAAAUCUGCU